UGAUGAUGAGCGAGGAAGGUAACACUCUGAAAUCAUGGCACAGUUCAGAUUUCAAACUGACACACCUGGAAUCAGCUCAGAGCUAAUCACCUGCAGUCAGGUGAAGUUCAGCAUGAUGCAGACAGACCUCUGAGGCUGUAGGCUUGAAUUUAGGCUGUCAGAGCAGAGCACGUGCUCUGUGAUGUCAGGAGGUUCACUUACCAUCAGCAACGUGCCCCACAACCACUUCCUGUUUUACAUCUUCUCUACAUUUCCAUCAUCACUCAAGGAACCGUUAUGAGAAACUGUAGUAACCUGAUUUAUUAGCUGACAGACUGAUGUCAGUCGGGCUGGAUAAAAUUCUUUAAAAUCCAUUAGACGUUUCAGUUUGAAGCUUGAAUGUCAGUGAGGGGCAGCACUGAAGCCUUCCUCUGUCCUCCUGUCUCGUGCUGAGAUAUUGGUCGAGACCCGGACACUCUGAAGCUCUUCAGUGGUGGACAGUGCUCUGGACCUGCUGAGAGAACUGAAGAGCAUCAAGAUGUCUCUGGAGACGCUGCAGUCUACCAGAGUGGGUAUGUCGGUGAACGCUGUGAGGAAACAAAGUUCAGACGAAGAAGUUCAGACUUUAGCCAAAACUCUCAUCAAGUCCUGGAAGAAACUGCUGGAUGGUUCAGAGGAGAAGAAAAAGGACAGCUCUCCAGUGAGGUCUUCAUCCACCUCCAAGGAUUAUGGCAGCAGUGAAAAAGGCAGUAAAUCUUCUGAGGGGCCCCCGUCCACCCCCACUUCCCCAACUACCACCACCCUCUCUCAGGUCACCUCCUUCCCCCCUGCCCCCGUAACCACGGACUGCGUGAGAAGCAAGUGUCGAGAGCUGCUGGUAGUGGCGCUGCAGACGGACGAUGACCAUAAGGCCGUCAGAGUGGACUGCGAGCACCUGGCGGCUCAAAUCGAAGAACAGAUCUUCCAGGAGUUUAAGUCGACAGACAUGAAAUAUAAAACCCGUCUACGAAGUCGAAUCUCCAACCUGAAAGACCAGAAGAACCCAGAACUGCGCCGCAACGUACUGUGUGGAAACAUCUCGCCACAUCGCAUCGCCUGUAUGACCGCUGAGGAAAUGGCGAGUGCAGAGCUGAAGCAGAUGAGAGAGGCUCUGACAAAAGAGUCGAUCAGAGAGCAUCAGCUUUCCAAGGUCGGAGGAACUGAGACGGACAUGUUUAUCUGCAGCAAGUGUCAUGGAAAGAGCUGCACGUACACGCAGGUGCAGACCCGCAGCGCCGAUGAGCCCAUGACCACUUUUGUUUUGUGUAACGACUGCGGCAACCGAUGGAAGUUCUGUUGAAGAAAACUCAGCCGUUUGUUCUUCUGUCAAGAAGCAAAUUGAAGUUAUUGAAAUUGAUUUUUUUCUUUUUUUUUGGUGUAAUUUCUUUUUAUAUAUCAAACUAAAUGCUGCAAUGUAUUUGGAGAGAUAAAAGCCAGCUGAUGUUGUCCAUUGGUUGAAUUGGUUUUGUAUUGAUGACUGAGACUUACUUUCUGAAGACGCUUGAGCCAGAUUCAAAUCACAGCUCAUAGUGUGUCUUUCUUUGCCAUGAUGUGCUGAACAUAUUAAAGCUGCUCUUGGAUGAA